CUGGCAGCCUCGCCCCUCUUUAAAUUCCACAAGUGUUCCAUUCAAAAUGCCACUCUCAGCCCUGCAAGGAGGGGGACACUCAGCAUGGGCACUCAGAAUUACCUCUGGCAUUUCAUCCUCUCCGUUCUCCUCUGUACCCUGAUGGCAUUAGAGGGAAGAGACACAACGACUGCCACUGCUGAGAGCCACCUGAUUGUCUUGAGGAGCACAAACAACAGCAGCACAACUGGCCCAGCUGCAAACAGCUCAGAUGGCUCCGUGGCAGAGCCUGACACCUCAACAGCCCAUUCCCUCCUGGGCACAGCCUUGCUGUCCCCCUCCAGCAUGAGCAUAAUGGGUACAGAAGGGACGAUGAGCACCACACCCACAACAAAAAUGCAGGAAAGGGGCUCCUUGGGGGUGUCUGCCAAGAACUCAGCAUUCCCAACAGCAGGAACUGGCACCACCACAGCCCCCAGCAUGGGCACAGAGACUGGCACUGCUUCCUCCCCACCUCUCAGCUCAGCCACAAGGAGCCACUUCUCCUCCUCCUCUCCCAAGGGUUCUUCUCCUGUGCCUCCCAGCCCACAGCAGAGCAGCACCAGCAGCACCACCGGGAUGCCCUCGGCCACCACAUCCCACCCAGCCACAGCCCUGGUGUUCUCUCCAUCCUCCAGUGCUGGCAUUGCUCAGUUCUCAGCUGGGACAGAGACACAGGGCCCAGCCACGCCCAGGCCUGUGGCUUCCACCUCUCCUGCCUCAGCUACCAUCGAGGCCAGGCCUUCACCCACAGCAGGCAGCAGCACAGGGACACCAACACCUCAGCUCAGCUCCACAGCCCUGCCCCAGGGACAGCCCCCGGUGCAGGUGACGGCCACCUCACCUCCCGGGGAGCCCCUCACGGGGAGGCCGCCUCACCUCACGGGGAGCCCCUCGCCCUCCACAGCCACGGCCUCUGCAGGCAGCAGGGCCACGACUCCUCCUGGAGAAGGGGAAACUUCCACCAUGAACCAGGGGAUCAGAACAACAACUGAGACCUCUCAUUCCCUCCCAGCCACAUCCCUGGCAUCCACGAUGACGACGGUGGGUGGAGAAGGGAGGAUGGACACUGCACCCACAACGAUAAUGUCAGAAAGGGCCUCACCGGCGACGUCUCCUAGGAGUGCUGCAGUGAGCCCAGCAUUCCCAACAGCAGGAACUGGCACCACCACUGCCCCAGAGAGUGGCACUGCUUCUUCCCUGUCCUUCAGCUCAACAGUGAUGAGCCACUCCUCCUCCUCCUCCUCUCCUGAGGGCUCCCCAGCUCUGCCUCCCAGCCCACAGCAGAGCAGCACCAGCAGCACCACCGGGAUGCCCUCGGCCACCACAUCCCACGCACCCACAGCCCUGGUGUUCUCCACUGCUCGUGUGACAGACGUGGGGUCAGACACUGUCACAGCAGAGCAGGUGACACGCAGCCCAGCUCCCAGCACAGCCAGCACUAACCCAGUGGCUCCUGCCUCAGAAACCGCUGCACCCAGCCAUUCACCCACAGCAGGCAGCAGCACAGGGACACCAACACCUCAGCUCAGCUCCACAGCCCUGCCCCAGGGACAGCCCCCGGUGCAGGUGACGGCCACCUCACCUCCCACGGGGAGCCCCUCGCCCUCCACAGCCACGGCCUCUGCAGGCAGCAGGGCCACGACUCCUCCUGGAGGAGGGGAAACUUCCACCAUGAACCAGGGGGACAGAACAACUGAGCCCACUGCCAACACCUCCCACUCCCUCCCCACCACGUCCCUGGCAACCCCAUCCAUGACAAACCUCAGCACAUCAACAUCUGUUAAUCCUUCUUUUACUACGACUUGCUCUCCCAUCACUCUGUCCAUCCAGCUGCAGAAGGUGACCAGCAGAACGAUCCAGUUCAGCUGGAAACCUCAAGGUGGCAGAGCAGACAGUCCUUACACAGUGAGGCUGCUGGGAGAACUGGGAGAGGAGGAGGAGAGGGUCCUAAAUGAAACAAGCACUGCCUUUGAAAAUCUGCUUUCUGCUCGACAGUACCAAAUAUCCGUGAAUGUUUUAACUUGCUCUAAGAAUGUCAGCACCUCCUUGACAGUUCAGACAGAACACACAACUACAGUCUCUCCAAAAACCAAUACAACUGGAUUUACAGGAACUGCAUCUAAUUCCAUUUUCACUACCACAUUUACGUCAGCACCUUGCAGGACAGUGUCCAUCGAAGUUCAGAAUGUGACUGGAGAAGAAAUAGAGCUCAGCUGGAGCAGCAGCAGCAAAGGCAGCCUCUACAACAUCUCUGUCAGGGAUGGAAAGGAGAUUCAUACAAGAACUACAAAUGAGACAGAAGCUGUGAUUAAAGACCUGCUUCCUGGCCAUGUGUACACCAUAUCUGUGGCACUGUCAUCUUGUGCUGAGAACAAUCCUGCUUCAGUCACUGUCCGAACAGAUUCUGGUUCCUGUUUCAGAAGAACUGAGUUUUGUUUAGCACAAAGUACUGGCUGUUCUGACUUAAAAGGCAUUGUGUGCUCCAAUAACGAAGCAUUUGCCUGCAGAGUUUGGUUGAAAAACCAGAUAUUUAAUAAUACACUUUAUAACUCUGAUAGUGAAAGCUAUGUAACACUGUCUGAAAGUCUCAGAGCAGAGGUUGUUGAAGCAAUGCAUGCUGAACUGGGGAAUGCCCACUCUGAUAUUUUGGUGCUGGGGCUAAGACCUGGCAGUGUGAUUGCUGAUUUUCUCUUUCUGCUGCCAAAAGAAGAAGCCAGGGAUGUGGGUGAUAUACAGACACGCCUGAGUAAUGUAUUAAGGAGCAAGUUUGGGAGCCAAAGUGAAGUGCAAACUCUGUCUGUUCAGUCAUCAACUGACAACAGCUCCUCCUGGAGAGUAGCAGUGAUUGUCCUUGGAGUUCUACUUGGAGUUGCAUUAGUGCUGAUUCUGCUGGCAAUACUGUUUUACAUCCAUGUGAGGAGAAGAUCAGGUAUGGAAUUUUCCCCAUUGUACACGUGGUAGAGUGAGGAACAGAGAACCUUCUCUUCAGCCUAUCCCCUAUAGGUACUGCAAUGACUCCUAACACUGGCAAUCUAGAGAGACAAGACCCAAACUACUCAAUACUGUAUUUAGGUGACACUGAAAACAGGGUGACUGAGCCUGGCAGCUGUGGCAGGUCACCUUAAUGCUCAGCUGAGCCCAGAGUCAGCCUGUUGAGUUUUGUGCACUUGCCCAAGGGUGAUUCACCUCCCCUGAGACUUUUAUCACUGUAUAAAAUUUUAUAUAUAGAUAUAGAUAUAGAUAUAGAUAUAGAUAUAGAUAUAUAGCUAUAGCUAUAGCUAUAGCUAUAGCUAUAGCUAUAGCUAUAGAUAUAGAUAUAGAUAUGCCUUUUUCUCUCCUGUGACUGCAGAAUGAGCCCAGGGUAAUUAGCAUUCCAGCAUAUGCAGCUUGAUUAGGAGUUUGGAGAAAAAUGGGAUACAUCUCAGUUAGCAGUCUAGUGGACCAGAAACUUGAUUUGGAGGCUUCUGAAUUCAAGGUUUCUUUAAUUGCUGAGCUAUGAAGAAAUAACUGUUUAUAAGUGUCAAAUGUAUAGCAUGCUAAAUCCAGCUGUGCUUUCACAGCAUAGUUGCAGAGGUGGGGAAGGCAAACAUUAGGUAAGUUUGAGCCAGAAGUAUUUCACUCACCUAUUUUUGCCUGUCAAAAAUGGUUGGCUGAUCAAGGACAUGCCAUAUACUGCAAUUUUGUCCUGCUCUUGAUAAUCCCCAAGUAGAGUCCAGUCCAGUAGAAGCAACCCCUGUGGCAUUGGAGCAGACUUUGCUUCUAAUUGCUUUAGAGCAAUUACAAGAAAUGCCCUUUACCUUUUCCCACCACUCUUCACUGCAGCUCUGGUGAAGUUACAUUCUGUUUCUGUUGUGGUGCAGUUUUUCCUGCUUGGAAUGUGCUGAACAGAUGGCAAAGGGGCAGUAUACUGCUCCACAUCUUUCCAGCAGGAUUUAGGAGUUUCAUUUCAAACAAGCUCUCCAUGUAUCUGUAUAUUUGCCAGUCUGCCUACAUUUGGAAUUCCUGUUGAGGCACUGAGUAUUGACCCAUGAUGUUGAGGCCCUGGCUCACAGCCCCUGAACACCCCUGGUUUUUGGGUUUAGGUUGUGCUUAUUUGGCACAUAUUAGAGCACAUUGGUGCCAGAACUGCAGCACAAGCAGAGUGGAAGUGCACAAGCAGCUCUACUCUGCUCCCUGUGCAGCCAGCAUUCAUUCUUCUCAUCCCUCCUUCCCUAUGCUGCAACACAGCUCCUGGCACAGCCCCGCUGAGGACCCUGCCUGGAACAUUAUUUUUAGUAGCAGGGACCUAUGAAACAGGGUCUUGCAUGCCUUGCUCUCCCUUUCCUUCCAUGUAGGGUCAACUUGUCUAUCCUGAUUAAGAUCUGGGGUGUGGAGUCACAGACCCCUCACUGGUGGGAAGAGAGUGAUUAGUAUUUAGUUAAACUUAUAUUAUGUGACUUUUAAAUACAGCUAGCUCUGGUGUUCCACUCACUGAGUAGUCACUCAACAAUGCAUUCUGUCAGCAAAUACAAGUUCUCCAGGGAGCUCUGCUGAAAAUACAAAUGAGUGCUCUUGCUUAUGUUAAUACUCUUUUAUUUCUUUUUUUGAGGGAUCUACUUUGAAUAGCAAAUCCUCAUUGUCAGUAAACCUUUCUGAUGUCCUUGUAAAUAGUGUUAAAUAGAGACCAUGUACAGCAGGCUUGAACAAUCCUGGGACUGUUCAUGCAAAAUGUAUUUAAUGUCUUUGGGGGAAAAAUAAUGGUAUUUUAAACUAUUUUCUCAAAGAUGCUUUACAAAUAAAAUAUUUAUUUUUACAA